UUUUUUUUUUUUUUUUUAUUCUGUCAUGAAUAAGAUACUGAAUGAUUGAAACUACAGUUAAAUACAGUAAGUGAAAUAUUUUAAUGUUCCAGUUUUCACUUAAGAUUAGAAAUAAAGCACUCGUCCCUGUUUAACCCUUGGGUGUUUAAGCAGAAUAGAAAUCUCAAAUACACUGUGUAAGAGAGGAUAACUUGUCAAAGUGCAUGCACAAAAUAAUGGACUACCAAACUUUGCCUUCUCAUUCUUAGUUCACAUAUUGUCAGGGAUAUACACAGUAUUUUUUUAUAUAAAAAAUAUCAAUCAGAUAGCUGGUUACUUGCAUUUUGUCUUCUUUGAGCUGUGGGCAUUGUCAGUGAUUGUCAGUGAACCUUAAUGAUGAACCUUUCAUGUGUAUUGCAUUACAUUUUGCAUUGUACUGUAGUAUAAAGGUGAUCCAGAUAAUGUGUAAUCAGUAGAAACUUUAUAUCCAUGCUGGUACAGUUGCAUUGGCAGUUUAUGAGCCCACCAUUUGGUUUUUGCAGUAGGUUGGCCUGAAUCUAUCUGUUUGUGUGUAUUACCCAAUGAUCUGGAUUGUGAUGCUGGUCCUAAAGCAUGAUGAUAAUUAAAAAUAUGGAAUCUGCAGACCUGGCUGCUCCUCAGAAAGGGCACAGGGUCACACAGGUCUGCUGGGGGCUCCUCCUCGCAUUGUCUGUGCUUAUCUAUGGCUCCCACGCCCCAUUGAUUACCCUGUGCAAAGUAGACAACAAGAUCCCAUUCAGCUCCUCAUCCUGUGUUGUCCUAAUAGAAUUGGCCAAGUUUAUAGUCUCGCUGGGGCUGCUAUUUCUCCGUGGUCGGCACUCCUUGCACAUUGCAGUUUCCUGGAAACACGUUGUACCCUACGCAGUCCCAGCCUUGCUCUACGCAGUCAACAAUAACUUGGUGGUUUUCAUGCAGGUCCACAUGGACCCCAGCACCUUCCAGGUCCUGAGCAACUUGAAGAUUGCCUCCACUGCCCUCCUUUAUAGCGCUGCCUUGAGAAAACGGCUUAAUCGCAGGCAGUGGUUGUCGCUGGCUUUGCUGAUGGCAGCAGGGAUAUGCCACACACACAGCAGCAUGGGCACACCCAAGCAGAAGGUGGAUGAAGCCAUACCUGGAACACAGUUUCACAUCACUGCCCUGGGCCUGCUACUGUUGCUUGUGUACUGCAUUGUGUCUGGCUUGGCUGCUGUCUACACAGAGCUCAUCCUUAAGACUCAGAGACUGCCUCUGAACCUGCAGAACCUCUUCCUCUAUUUCUUCGGGAUUGUAGUGAACUCGGGCGCCCACCUCGCCAGUGCUGAGGUCAGCAGUGGCUUUUUCGAUGGUUACUCAUGGUGGGUGGGGGUGAUCGUGGUUACCCAAGCUCUGAACGGGUUGCUCAUGUCUGUCGUCAUGAAGCACAGCAGCAACAUCACCCGUCUCUUUGUCAUCUCCUGCUCCAUGCUGGUCAACGCUGUUUACUCUGUUGCGCUGUUUAACCUGCAGCUUACUCCACUCUUCUUUGUUUCCGUUUUCUUUAUUGCAGUGGCCAUUCACUUAUACUACCAUGUGUAAAAUGUACAGGUUACGGUAUUAUUCCUUCUGAACAAUAAGGACAUUUUUUAUUUUGUAUUGGAUUUGGUCCCUAGGGAAGAAAUAGUGAGCAUCAGUCUGCUGGUUAAUGUUUUGAAUCCCGUCUGAGCUACAUCAAGACCACUAAGGGCAACACACACUUGACCACCGUUUGGCCAGUCAACUGCUCAACAGAAACCACUAAUAGCAGCGUGUGGCUAUAACUGAUCUACAAUAUCUGAAUAAUUUAAGGACAACUGGAUAGUUGUGAUGCAGACAAUUGUCUAAAUGUAAGCUGCAUUUUUUUGUUUUUGAUGCAACUAGGAUUUUUUUUCAUUUAUUAUUAUUAUUAUUAUUAUUAUUAUUAUUAUUAUUAUUAUUAUUAUUUCAAUUGAUUGUUUCUUGGUGCUUUACAUCAUGUGUGUAUUUUGCUGUGAAACUUGCAUGGGUCUUCUUUUGUUCUAUUUGAAUUUCCACAGGUUGUCUUUGAUGCAUUGCAGUUCUUGCACAAUGUUACCUUCUGCCUAGCUACCAUUUACCAACAGCAUGUAUAAAUUGUGCUAUCUUGAGAAAAAAGGCCAACAUUUAUUUGUCACUGAUGUACUUUGUGGAUUUAGAUGGGAACAUGUGAUUUUAUUUUCUCCACUGUCGCCAUUGUUACAAUCUGUAACAGCCUGUGACUGUAUAGGGAUAACAGUAACUGCCUCGUGUCACUUAAGGCAGUGUUCUCCAACCCCCUGUCUUCGUAAACCUUGCCUUCGUUUUACAUAUUCUUAGUUGAUCACGUUUUAACCUCAUUGGGAUGAUUAUAAAAUUGCCAUUAAAUAAUGCCUUCGUUCACACUUAUUCCCCUAUGUACAGAGCAGUUGGAGGUCACUGGUGCUCUGUUCUUAAUGCAUAUAUUACACCUGUUUCUCUAUUCAAUAAAGUGACCUAUACAAA